AUGGUAAAGAAAACUAUUAUAAUCACCAUAGCAGUGGUGGUCGCUUUGAUUGUGGUGGCUGCCAUUGUCAUCCCAGUCGCCGUCGUCUUCUCCAACAAGAAUAAUGGUGAACCAGGUCCCAAUGGACCUGCCUACACAAUCAAGAACUUGAGAUUCGCUCAGACUCACGUUGUUGCCCCAGAAGGCCGCAGAUGGAGGACUCCAAACAAUGACACAACUGAGCUCCAUUUGGUUGGUGAGCGUGAGACUUUGGUGCUGGUCGAGUUUGAAGAUGUCAUUGAGCCCACUUACAGACCACGUCUCCAAGUUUGGUUGCCAAACUCCAAGAACCAAACCAUCUAUGAUCUUGCCACCACCAUUGACAUGAACCUGCCAAUAGAGAUGCCUCCAACCGAAUCCAACGGCACUCUGUUCGCCAACAACACUUACAGUGUUCGUCUGCCCGCCAAGUACGUCCUGCCACGCAUGCAAGUCACCUUCAAGAACAACAACCAUAACUCUACCACACCAGUCAAUGUGAACGUUGGAUUCAGCUCCUACGCCAUCCUCUGGAACCUGCCAUUCUACCUCUUUGGCGCCAACGAGGACAACUCUGAGAAGUUCGACGACGUCAAGUCCGAGAUCAAGAACGGCCCAUUCAUCUACCAGCAGUGGCCAGUAUCCCGUCUCACCAUUGCCAACCAUCCAUUUGGCAAGGUGUCACUCAACUCGAUCGUCCAGCAUGCAACGGGUUCGAAUGCCAAGAAAGUAACCAACUUGAACGAGAUAGUCAAUGGUGAUGGUUUCGGUCUCAUGGGCAACGUGCUCGGUCUCAUCUCUGGUGUGUUUGGUGCCAAUGGUGAUGGUGGUCAGAACAAGUUGAUCUGGGCUCCAUUAAUGGCACUCAACAACCAGGGCAAAUACGACGGAGUUGGAGGUGGUCUUGGUGGAGGCAAGAGAGGCACUGGUGAUGUUAGCAACGGUAUCAUGAUUCACGAGAUUGGCCAUGCUCAAGGUCUACCACAUGCUGGUGAAUCCUUUGACAAGGGUGGAUUCCCUUACCUCAAGGGUAGUUUGAACGGUUCCACAUGGGGCUUCAACAUGAAUACCAACGAGUUCUUGUCCAUCUACAUCCCAUCAAACUCAUCAGACUACAAGGGCUGCAACAGUUCGGCCGUCAUGUUGAAUGGCAAAUGUGUCAGACAAGACCCAAUGCAAGGUGGCAGCGGUGCCCAAUCCAAGGGAAACCCAUUCACCAUGUUUGCCGACUUUAACGCAGCAAAGAUCCAGGAGUUCUACGAGGGAUCUACCGAGGUUGAGAAGGAUGGCGCUCACUCUGUGAGUGGUUUGUGGACCUGGGUACCCGAGACCAAGUCCUACAUCCAAUGGGACAGUAUCGACUUGAAGACAGUUCCAGCUGUCCCAGGUAACGACAGCAACGGCCUCUACGGAAUGGACAGCGGUACUCCAGUGUUGCGCGACGUUCCAGUGUACACCGUGAUCAUCCAGUACAUCAACGCAGUCGGCUCAAACUGCACCAACUGCAACAUUGUCUAUCCUCUGGUCAAGUGGACUGGCAACCUGCUCCGUCACAUCGACCCAACUGACCCAGCUCAGAUCAAGCUAAUCACACCCAACACUGGCGACCUUGCUUGGUUCUGCCAUGCAUCUGGUUGCGACUUCACCAUCCGUGUCACCUACAAGGACGGCUCCAAGUACGUUAAGCUGCUGCAACGUGGAGUCAGAGGUUGGUUCGGACCAAAGGGUGAUGCCCUCCCCGAGUACACCAACCCGUUGGAAAGCUCCAGCACAAUGACAUUCGUCGAGAACAUUCCUGGCAACCAACAACCAUCCCUCGUCGAGUUGCUCUGGACCCCAUACGGCUUCAACUCAACCACCCCAGCCAAUGCCAAGGUCGUUGUAUCCCAGUCAUUCUAA